AACCGUCAUUUCCCCGCCAUUCCGCGUUGGCAUGAUGUUGUAAAACGGCGUAUCUUCUGGUUUUAUCUUUCUCUUUUCCGUUUGUAUAAAACUCUUUCCACCGCCCUAUCAAAGUUUUCCCGGAAAGAAAUUUCACGACUAAAAUUUGGUGAUGGGGCUACUCUCUAAUAGAGUGGCUAAGGAGUCUCUCAAGCCAGGGGAUCAUAUCUAUUCUUGGAGGACUGCUUAUAUUUAUGCCCAUCACGGCAUCUAUGUUGGAGAUGACACAGUGAUUCACUUCACCAGACGUGGCCAAGAAGUGGGAACAGGGACUGUCUUGGAUCUCCUCUUGGUUAGUUCUGGACCGGCUCGAUCACUGGAGCACUGCCCCGAUUGCACUUCACCUGAUGAAGGCAGCGGGGUUGUUUCCUCAUGCCUGAAAUGUUUCCUUGCUGGAGGCAUCUUGUACCGUUUCCAGUAUGCUGUUAACCCAGCUCUUUUUCUUGCAAAAGCUCGUGGUGGAACUUGCACCUUAGCUGUCUCAGACCCAGCUAACAUUGUGGUACAUCGAGCAAAGUACCUACUUGACAAUGGAUUCGGCUGCUAUAAUAUUUUCAAGAACAAUUGUGAAGACUUUACUAUCUACUGCAAAACUGGACUGCUUGUUGUUGAUCAAGGAACAAUCGGGCAAAGCGGUCAAGCUGUGUCGAUAAUAGGAGGACCUCUAGCUGCUGUCCUGUCCACGCCUUUGCGUCUUGUUACCACCAAUAUUUAUGGGAUGGCGGCAACAGCUGUUGGAGUCUAUUGUGCUAGUAGAUAUGCUGCUGAUAUCGGAAUGAGAAGGGAUGUGGAGAAGGUACCUGUGGAGGAUUUGACUAGAAGGCUGGCGACUGGCUUGCUCCAAGUUGUUGAAUCCCAAAUUUCAGCAUCUCCACUCCAAGAGUCAUCCCAGAUUGUCACCCGAUGACCACGGAGUUUGAUGGUUGCUAUUUGGUUCGUGCUUUUCACAUGUGCGAAUCAAGUUUCCCUAUAAUAUGCAUUGGUCUUUUCCUGGAGUGAUAAUCUCUAAUACUAUUGAAUGCUUAUUUCUAUUGGAAAUGUUUUCAUUUCUUAUCUGUUGAGAAGUGUUCAAGAGCUUCGAAUAUGUGUAUUUAUAUAUUAUAUGUAUUCUAGGUGACUGCUUAUGGUCAUAAACCUAGCAGUUACCAUAGUUUGAACCCAAACUUAACUCGGGGUUCUCACAACUUUGAGUUCAAACUUGUAUUUGAAUCAGUCGACAGAGAUACAAAAUUGUUGUUGCUGUCUUCA